AUGGCCGAGAUCCUGAACGAAUUAAGAAAGAUUCCAAUCGUCACCAGAACCCUACUCGGACUAGCACUAUCAGUCACCGGACCAGUCUCUCUCGGAUUGGUGAACCCUUACUAUAUCCUCUUCUCAACAAGACAUAUCUUUCAAAAAUUCGAACUAUGGAGAAUCCUUACACCAUUUUUCUUCGCGGGAUCAGGAUUACAGCUCCUAUUUGAUCUGUUUCUGCUGUAUAGAAAUUCGAUCGCAUUGGAAACUCAAUCGUUUGCCGGUCGCUCUGCUGAUUACGCUUGGACGAUAAUCUGCUUGAUGGUCGCUAUCAUUGGGACAAAUUAUCCUCUAAAAUCUAUGAUCUUUUGGGGCCCUCUCAUGAGCGGCUUGGGAUUCAUGUGGUCGCAAAUCAACCCAGACUCUCUAGUAUCGCUCUUUGGACUGCCGCCUUUUAAAGCAGCUUACUUUCCAUUUGCGAUGUUAGCUCUCGAUUACGUGCGAGGCGGUAUGCCCCUUAUGACCCAGUCUCUCUCGGGCGUGGUGGCCGGGUACGGGAUCCACUACCUCAACAACGUAUAUCCACCCUCGAACGGCGGCCAGCGUCCCUGGUUCAUGUAUGCCCCCGCCUUCCUCACCCGCUUGCUCGAUGGGGCCCAGCAAACCCCCGGUGGCGGAGGCCAGCGGCUCGGCGGUGGCACGGGCUUCGCCGCUCGCUCACGCACCUGGGGUGGCCAGGCCCCCGUUAAUCCGGCCGGAGGACCUGCCCGUCAGGCUCCUACUACCACUCGGCAUGCUUGGGGAACGGGUAACCGACUAGGCUAA